AACAGACAGUCGUGUCAAAGCAGGAGCUGCGGUUAGUUCACCUAUCUGACGCUCUUUGCACAUCACCAAAGAUACGUUACCAGCGUAUUUUUUUCUUCUUCUUCUUCGAGUCCAGGUACCAAGUGGGACCAGAGAGUUUCCAUUUUGGAUAGGGGGGCUGCAAACACACGCACCCACACUUCUCCAAGCCGCGACAACUCAAGGUGAAUGCCGUCAUGCCAUUUGGGUGCCUUGCCCUGCGAGAUGGGCGGACUUACGAUAGCAUAUCUGAUGUCACGGACAAAUAUGAGAUUGGACAGGUUCUCCGAGCGAAGGAGUUCUGCGAGCUGUGCCUGGCCAAGGACCGACAGACAGACAAGGUGUUUGUCUGCAAGAAAUUCCUCAAGAAAGACGGCAGGAAAGUCCGCAAGGCUGCCAAGAACGAAAUCAUGAUCCUGAAAUUGGUCAACCACCCAAACAUCCUUCAGCUGAUAGACACAUUCGAGACCCGGAAAGAAUAUUUCAUCAUCCAGGAACUUGCCACAGGAGGAGAUGUAUUCGACUGGAUUCUGGACCAAGGGAAUUACACAGAGAGAGAUGCCUCCAAUGUCAUCAGACAAGUCCUCGAGGCUGUGGCAUACUUACACUCCCUCAACAUAGUUCACAGGAACCUGAAGCUUGAAAACCUGAUGUACUACACAGAAAACAACCACAACAAAGUAGUUCUGCGAGAUUUCUACCUGUCCAGGUUUGAGAACGGACCCAUCACAGAGCCUUGUGGAACACCAGAAUACCUGGCUCCUGAAGUGGUGGCUCGUCACCGAUAUGGUCGUCCUGUGGACUGCUGGGCUGUGGGUGUCAUUAUGUUCAUACUCUUAUCAGGUAACCCUCCUUUUUAUGACGAGACAGAGGAGGAGAACACAGAUCUACAUAAUCGCAUCAUCUUCUGUCGCAUUGUUGCUGGUGACUUUGAGUUUGACUCUCCAUACUGGGAUGAUAUUUCACCUGCAGCUAAGGAGCUUGUCUGUCGACUCAUGGAGGUGGACCAGAUGCUGAGAAUCACUGCGCAGGAUGCACUUUGGCAUGAAUGGAUUGCGGGGAAUGGUGCAUCAGAGAAGAACCUAAAGGAUGGUGUGUGUGCCCAGUUUGAGAAGAACUUUGCAAAGGCCAAAUGGCGGGAGUUGAAGAAAGCGAUCCGUGUCACCACCUUCAUGCAACGACUGAAGAAUUCAGAGGCAAUGACUGACAGUUCAGCCGAGGUUCAGGGCAGUGAAGAGGCAGGAGAUGGUGAAGGAGGUGUGUCCCAGGGGACAAGUGAUGAGGGAGACAAAGGGAUGAGUGAUGGAGGGGUGACAUCAAGUAGUGUUUCUUUAGAGGUUACUGUUGAAAAUACACCGGCAGGUAUGGACCAGGAUGAGGGGAGGAGUAAGGUUGGAGAAAAACAGGAUGAGGUAAAGAUGAGCAUAGGCCCAUCUGUAGGAACUUCCCCAUCAGAUAUUCAGGAGCCUCUCUGUGAGCAAAGCCAAUCAAAUGCAGCCCCCAAACUCGCACAGGAGCAGCCUGAUAAGGUUGGUGCAAAGAAAGCAACAGGUGAUGGAACCAGGAAAAUGGCUGCCAAUUUGGGUCAAAAUAAAGUUGUCCCAGAAUCCAAACCAACCCCUGUGGUGACGCCUGACCCAUCCAAGCUGUCAGACGGUUCUUUAGGUACUAACUUUGACAAAAAACACACAUCCACCUCCCCUGAUCCCAGCAGCAAACGUAAGAUGGCUGCAACGCUCCAUGGCCCUCCACCCACUGGCUCUGCUGCUUCAAAAGCCUCACCAGAGAAGAGGCCAGCCACGCAGAGGGAGCAGAAGGAUGAGACUGACGGAAGCUGGUGUCAGACACAAGUACCUGAGGCUGUGGCAGAGAGAUCAGUGCCAGCAUCAGUCACUCCAGCAAUGGGGCCUGGAGCUGGGGUGGAUGUAGGACUAGGAGUUAGGCUAAGGGGUGAUGCUAGCCCUGUGGGUAGAAGGGAUAGGGAUGCCAGGAGAACCGACAGAUACAGUGAUGAGUUUAGCAUAGCAAGGGCAGGUGCUGCGACAGCACAGGGUUGUUAUGCAGUAGGCAGCUCUGCUAGUUUGGGCCGUCAUGCCACACCAUACAACCCAGAAGUUGGGACUGUAGGGAUGGGGAUGGCAGGGAGCUAUGGGAGUCCAUACAGUUCCCUGUAUACAACUGGAGGAGGGAUAGGGAUGUAUGGGACUGGUCUACAGCAUGGAGGAGGCGGGAGCAGCACUACAAGCGACUGGCAAAUGGACAGUGUGAUUGAGCAGAUAGAAAAGCAAAUGGCUGCUGUGCUGGAGAAGAUUGAGGGAGACAUGCCCUCGCUGCUAGAGCAAAUCAGCGACUGCCCCGCAGAACCACCACGUGCCCGGAGCACACACGCCUCACCUGCCACCUCCCGUGCACGCUCCUCACAACACUCCUCAACUCCAACUUCGGCCACUCCUCCACCUCUUCCAACCUCUCCCAGGCCUGCGCUGCCAUCUCUCCCUCGCCUUACUAUCCCUCCUCCCUCUUAUCCCCCACCAUCCCCACCGUCACAAUCCUCACCCCUGGCUGCAGGAGAGCAGGAAGACAAGGAUGGACAGAGAGAUGCUGCUCGUUCCAGCCAGUCCCCCAGAUCUGGGAUGGGUAGGGGGCUAUGAAGAAGGUGUACAUGAUAUAAUACACAACACCUGGAACAUUGGAUUUAUAGUUUGAACUUGAGGGUUUAAUGACUCUCUCUCACCCAGAAGUAUCAUUCACUUGCUUCCGAGAAGAAAAGUAACCAUGCAGUGUUGUUUGGUUUGGCUGUGUGUUCAUAUUGAGAAUACUGGUAAAGAGAAAUCUCCCAAUGGCAAUGACUGAAGUGUAUGGGGAGUGGUGUACUGUAUCUCUCUGUAUGACAGCUGCAAAGAGAAAGCUCUCAAAAGUUUGUUUGCAUCUCAAAUCCAGAUUAUGUGCAUGAAUGCUCACCACACAACCUCCUCAUACUGGAAUCCAAGCACUCAGCACAGUUUGCAAAUUAUGAAUCUACACAAGAACAGCGUGGUAAAAUUCUCAGCUAUUAGUGAGAGCUGAGGAAGUGUUAUGAUUUGAAUUAUUCCCUACAAACUGUAAAUAUAUACAAAGAACUGGAUUCCUAAUUAUUGCUCUACUCCCAUGUUGUAAACUUCCUUGUAUCCUAACUGACAUUUAUUUUUUCAAAUCAGCUCAUCUUAUUUCAUUAUUUUCAUUCCUUUUUAUUUAUGUAGCUAUUCGUUUUAUAGUGAGCCUGCAAAAUCAUGAGCUUGCAGUCACACAGUUGUACAAAAAUAUGUUAAACUGAACUGGUCAAGCCUUUCCAUUAGCUGCUGGAGAUUGAGAUUUGUUUUAUUAUAUAGUGUAUUUCAACUUGAACUGUCACUCAGUCUUGCUCCACACCUGUUGGAGAGCUGGGGGAAAUCUUUAAAUGCAAGACAUUGUAUAAAGGCUUUGUAAUAACACACAUACACAACCACAAACACACACACACUCUUCUUUUUUCAAAGUUCUCCAAAAGUUUUGCCCAGAAAGUUUGUUUUAAUUUUUCUCCAGUGUUGUCGACACAUUCAUUUAGUACUGUUAAUUGGACGGUGCUGUCUAUAUUUGCUCCUUUUUAUCAUGUAGAAAAGUCUUUCUGAAUUUAAUUAUUUUGGAUCUAUGUAAUACCAGGUUCUGUGCUUUUCUCCUGAACAAGUCUAGACAUCCACUAUUCAGUCCCUAUGUACACUGUGCUCUGUUUGCAAGUCUUUCAAUAAAAGUAAAAAAUCAAACUAGA